AUGGUUUCUUGUUUUUUAUGUAAAAAAUCUUUCAAAUGUAAUAACCAUCUUUUUGUUCAUUUAAAUAUUUUUCACAAAAUAGAGUCAAUAUCUGAAUUUAAGUGUAAUGAACAAUUUUGUUUUCGUAGUUUUAGUAAUUUACGCUCAUAUAAAAAUCACAUGAACCAACAUGAAAAUAAUAGUCAAAGUCAAACUUUUGAUAUAGACCCUGGCUUAGACACAAUUGUAAAUGUACCUACUGCUGUUCAUACUGAAACUCAAUAUGAUCACAUACCUAAUAGCUCUAACAUUACAACUUCUGUACCUUUAAUAGGAAUAGAAGAAUUUAAACACAUUUUAAAAACAAAUACACUUUUACUAGCAGCUAAGUGGUAUAGUAACAAAGUAAUUCCCAGGAAAGAAAUUCAAGUUUUGUUUGAUGAUGUUGAAUAUUUUAAUAAUUCAUUUUUACAUGUCUUAAAAAAUAAAGUUAUAAAUAGUUUAAAGACAAAUAGUAGUUCAGAUCAAAUAAAAGAAAUAUCUGCUAUGUUUGAUGUACUUUUAAGUCCAUUCGUUGAUAUAAAAACAGAACAUCUACGUUUCAAAGCUUUUGAAGAAGUAGGUGUUUUGGUUAAACCUGACAUGGUAGAUGUAGGAGAAAGAUUAAAUGACAGGCUUGUACUUGGCCGUGUAAUCUUUGAACCAAAAUCAAUUGAAAUGUCUGAUAUACCUCUUAAACAUGUAUUAAAACUUAUUUUAGAAAAUUCAAAUUUAUUUAUUACUAUAGUAAAUUAUAUGAAAGACUUAGAAAACAAAUCAGAUAAUUGUAUUAGUAGUUUUACACAAUCUCCAAUUUGGCUCUCUAAACUAAAAAAAAAUCCAAAUAAAAUUGUUUUGCCAAUUUUUUUAUUUUUUGACGACUUUGAAAUUACAAAUCCUCUUGGUAGUCAUUCUGGAAGUCAAAAACUUGGGGCUUUAUAUAUUUCAUUGCCUUGUUUGCCUCCUGAAUUAUCUUCCUCAAUAAGCAACAUAUUUUUAGCAGGGUUAUUUAAAUCAUUUGAUAGGACAGAAUUUGGAAACCAUGCAAUAUUCAAACACAUCAUUGAUCAAUUAAACUUUUUAGAAAAUAUCGGUAUUUUAAUAAACAUAAAAGGUAUUUUAUAUCGUGUUUUCUUUUCCCUUGGUCUAAUAUUUGGAGAUAAUUUAGGCUUACAUUCUGUUUUAGGUUUUACAGAGAGUUUUGUUGCCCAUUAUCCUUGUCGGUUUUGUAAAUUGUCUAAAACUGAAUGUCAUAGUCAAAAUGAUCAAUUAGAUGAUAAACUUCGAAACAUUGACACAUAUAAUUCUGAUAUAGAAAUUAAUAAUGUGAGUUUAACUGGCAUAAAAGAAGCAUGUGUGUUUAAUGAAAUUAGUUCUUUCCAUGUAACCGAAAAUUAUGCAGUAGAUAUUAUGCACGAUUUACUUGAAGGGGUAUGCAAAUACGAUAUUGGAUUUAUGUUAAAUGCAAUGAUUUUUAGCUUUAAAUAUUUUACUUUAAAAACUUUAAAUGAUAGAAUUGAGUCAUUUAACUAUGGUACAAUAGACAUACGAAAUAGGCCGCCUCUUAUUUCUGUUGAUUCCUUAAAACCCACCGGUACUUUAAAAAUGUCUGCUAGUGAAAUGUAUUGUUUUGUAAGGUAUUUAAGUCUGAUAGUUGGUGAUUUAGUACCAGAAGAUUUGAAAAUGUGGCAAGUGUAUACUAUUCUUAGACAAAUUGUAGACAUUGUUUUCAGUAAAACUAUUAAGUUAAAUGAUAUUAAUUUAUUAAAAGUUUUAAUAUCUGAACAUCAUGAACUUUAUAUGCAAGUAUUUAACACAAAUUUAAAGCCAAAACAUCACCAUAUGAUACACUAUCCGAUGAUAAUACAAAAAUGUGGCCCGUUAUCUAUGAUGUGGUCUAUGAGAUUUGAGGCUAAACAUAAGCAAUUUAAAGAUGCUGCAAAGUCAACUUCGUCUAGGAAAAAUGUACUUUAUACAUUAGCACUGAAACAUCAAUUACAUUUAUCUUACAGAUUUCUUAUAUCUAAAGAUAUUAACUGCAGUGGUUUAGAAAUAGGGCGUAUUUUAAAUUUAUCAUUUUCAAAAAGAGAAAGCUAUGACAAAAAUAAUAUGUAUUUUGCAACUACAAAAUUAAAUUUUUUAAAUGAUAAUUUAAUUUUUGUUUCAUGGAUUAAGUUGAAAAAUCAAACAUAUAAUUGUAAUAAUAUGACUAUUGUGUUAAGUAUGAACGAUGGUGAAAAUAAUCUUCCAAAAUUUGGAUUAAUACAAUCAUUAGUAAUAUUAAAUGAUAAUAAACCAUUUGUUAUUUGUAAACUUUUUACUACUAAUUAUUUUGAUGAUCAUUAUCAAGCUUUUAAUGUGACAUUAAGUAAUCAGUUAUUUUGUAAUUCACUUGAAACUUUGGCUAGUAUAAAUCCUACAGUGUGUUGUAAGUCCCCCAAUGGUUUGUGUCAUAUACCCAUAAAAUAUUAG